GAUUCAGGAGAGAGGAUGUGACACAGAGCAAGGUAAUUUGCAAGACUUGUGAAACGAUUAUUGCGACGAAACGGGGCAAUACUACAAACCUGUUUCAACACUUAAAACAGCGCCAUAAAAAGCUCCAUGAUCAAUGCAUGUCGACAAAGUCCAGCGAAACUGACAAAAGCACACCUCAAAGCCAGCCAUCUGAACAAGUAUCCAUCGUUCAAGCAUUUGCAAGCGUCACGCCUUAUGAGAAAGGAUCAAAACGGCACAAAGAAAUCACAGACGCAAUCACAAAUCAUAUAUGCAAAGACAUGGUGCCUGCGUACAUCGUCAGUAAAGACGGCUUCCGAAGACUAAUUCAAACACUGGACAAAAGAUACCAGCUGCCGUCUCGCACUCAUUUCACACGGGUUGCGAUUCCCGAAAUGUAUGAGAAAUGUAAGGCGGGCGUUGAAUACGAGCUUAAAAAGGUGAAAUUCUACGCCACGACCACAGAUAUGUGGUCCAGCAGAACGAUGGAGCCGUACAUGAGUUUAACGGUCCAUUAUAUCGAUGACAACUAUGAAAUAAAAAGUCGAUGCUUGCAAACAGCAUAUUUUCCAGAAAAUCACACUGGAGAAAAUAUCGCUCAAGGUUUAAAAGAAGCUUUAGCAUCAUGGGGACUUUGUGAAGAUCAACAAGUGUCUAUCACCACAGACAAUGGAUCCAAUAUAGUGAAGGCUGUCACUUUGAACAACUGGACACGACUGCAGUGCUUCGGGCACAGACUACAUUUGGCAAUUGAAAAUGCAAUCAAGGAUGAACGCAUUUCCAGAGCCAACGGCUUAUGCAAAAAGAUUGUGGGACAUUUUUCCCACAGUUGGAAAAAAAAGAUGAUGUUAGCCGAAGCCCAGGAAGAACUUCAGCUUCCCCAACAUGCCCUCAUUACAUCAUGCCCGACAAGAUGGGGCUCAAUGCAACAAAUGAUAGACAGGGUUUUGGAGCAACAGAAGGCAUUGUCUCAGGUCCUUUCAGCUGACCGUAAAACAAGACACCUAGUACCACAGUGGCAAGACACAGAUGUUCUAGAAUCUGUGAGUAAGGCACUGGGUCCACUUCAGGAGUUCACGGAUGCCCUUUCCAGUGAAAACUACAUCAGUGUAUCCUACGUGAAACCAGUUCUUCAUCUGUUGAACACCAAGAUACUUGCAGUGAAGGAUGAAGAUACUGACCUGACAAAGACUAUAAAAUCAAAAAUUCUUAACUACAUCAACAAACAUUAUGAGGAUGAAACUACCCAAGAGCUUCUGGACAUAGCAACAUUUUUGGAUCCAAGAUUCAAAACCAACUACACUGAUGAGGACAAACUUCCAAACAUUAAGGCCAGGGUCAUGUCUGAUAUGGAUAUGAGUUCCCACAAGGAUACAUAUGAACCUGGGAGUAGCACAAGCAGAGAGAAUCCUGACAUCGAUCUACCUCCACCAGGCAAAAAAGCAAGGAAGUCCUUGGGAAGCUUCUUUAAAACGACAUCAGCCAUGCCAGCAGCUCUGCAACUUGAAGAAGCCAUUGCCUCUGAGCUAAAUAGCUACCUGCUUUCUCCAUCCAUUGACAGUGAGGAAGAUCCUUUGAAAUGGUGGAGACUCCAUCAGAUAAAUUUCCCAAGAAUGAGCAGGGUUGCACAAAAGUAUCUUUGUAUUCCUGCCACCAGCUCACCUUCAGAGAGAGUGUUUAGUACUGGGGGAAAUGUGGUGACAUGUCACCGUUCAUGCUUAAAACCAGAAAUGGUAGACAUGCUGGUUUUCCUUGCAAAAAACCUUUAAGAGGUUUUGGCUUUGAAUUCUGUUAGUUCGUAUUUAUUGUUAUGACAGAAGUUUAGGUUAGUUAAUCUUAAUUGUCUGUUGUCUGACACAAUUUAUGACAAUUUUGUUUGUUAAAGGGUUAGUUCACCCAAAAAUGAAAAUUCUGUCAUUAUUUAC